AUGCAUACCUCCAGUCUCGUGUCGCUGGCCCUGCUCGCCACGUCGGCGGUAGCUGCUCCAGCUCGGCAGCACCCAUUGAUGCAUGAGAAGUCGCCUUACAGGAAAGACUACAAAGACCCGUACGAUCACAAGAUCGAUGCAGUGGGAGACGGCCUCCAGCCGCUGCCUAUUGGCAAUGGCGACGAUCGCGGCACCGACAUGAUGGGACCACGCAACCCUGCUCGUGAAAGGCAGAACCCAGACUUGGUUCGCCCGCCGACCACCGACCACGGCACGAUGAAGAACAUGCGAUGGUCCUUUGCCGACUCGCAUAUCCGAAUCGAGGAGAACGGCUGGACGCGUCAGACCACUGUCAGAGAGCUCCCAACCUCUCGAGACCUCGCUGGUGUCAACAUGCGGCUAGAUGAGGGUGUCAUUCGUGAGCUGCACUGGCACAAGGAGGCCGAGUGGGCGUAUGUCCUCGAGGGGAGUGUACGAAUCACUGCUCUGGACCCCGACGGUGGCUCAUUCAUCGACGACCUCGAGAAGGGUGACUUGUGGUACUUCCCGUCCGGCCACCCUCACUCCCUCCAAGGCCUCGCUCCGCAUGGAACCGAGUUCCUGCUCGUUUUCGACUCUGGCAGCUUCAGCGAGGACAGCACCUUCAUCCUCUCGGACUGGCUCGCCCACACUCCAAAGUCCGUCCUAUCUGAGAACUUCCGUCUCCCUCCUGAGGUCUUCAAUGCUCUGCCUGAGAAGGAGAAGUACAUCUUCCAGGGCUCUAUCCCUGGCCCGAUCAAGGAGGAGACGCCCAAGAACUUCAAGAAGUCAAAGCUCAACUUCACACACAAGAUGCUUGCGCAAGAGCCAGUCAAUGCUACGGGUGGACGAGUAAGAAUCACGGACAGCACGAACUUCCCGAUCUCAAAGACUGUGGCUGCCGGCCAUCUUGACAUCGACCCCGGUGCGAUGAGAGAGAUGCACUGGCACCCCAACGCCGACGAGUGGUCAUUCUUCAUCAGAGGGCGAGCGCGUGUGACCAUCUUCGCCGCCGAGGGCAACGCCAGGACGUUCGACUACAUGGCUGGCGAUGUGGGUAUUGUCCCUCGCAACAUGGGUCACUUCAUCGAGAACUUGAGUGACGACGAGCCGUUGGAAGUGCUGGAAAUCUUCAGGGCAGACAAGUUCCAGGACUUCUCGCUCUUCCAAUGGAUGGGCGAGACGCCGCAGAGGUUGGUGAGGGAUCAUCUCUUCCAGCAGGACCCUGAGCUGGGCGAGAAGUUCUGGAAGGCGGUCGAGGGAGCGAAGUCGGAUGUCAUCAAGAGCCCGCAGAGUGGCGAGGAGGAGUUUUCCGAUGAGUUGUGA